CCAGGCGCGCGAGGAGGAGGCGAUCAAGAGUGGGAAGACAGCCGCAGGCGCCGUGGAGGCGGAGGAACACGCGGCGCGGCCGCGCUCCUCCGGCGGCGCGACGGCGCGGCAGCCACAGCAGGCGCUGGACAGCCAGAGGGCCGACGCCACCGACGUCCAGGAGGCCGAGCGGGAGUCGCUGCUGCAGCAAGUCCUGAUGGACAACGCCCACCUGCGGCUCGACGUGAGGAUGGCGGGCGAGCGGUUGCGCCGCGAGCAGCACGAGCGCGCCCUGCAGUCGUCGGCGGUCCAGAGGCUUCAGGACACCUGCCUGCAGCUGGAGCGCGAGCUCGCCCGGAGCCAUGCGGACGUGGCCUUCUACCGGGGCCGUGGCUUCCAGCACGCCUGGCCCGGUGCACCGCGGACGUGAGCCUGCAGUUAUUAUAGUUAUGCGCCUGGGGAGAAGGAAGA